UACAAAAUUCCCCGGUUCGAUUUUGAGUCCGUACGUGUCUUUUCAUUCUGUCAUCUUUCUUAAUUUAUUUACAAAAAUAAAAAAAAAAUUGAUUUUGGGGGAUUGUGUUGCUGUUUCUGCCUUCUGGGUUCUUUCGCUUUCCUCCUCCAUCUGAGUUUCGCGCGCUUCGCAUACGACAAUUAGGAGAACUGUUAUGUAUGGCGAUGCUCACUGCGUUCUUCAGUUGUCGCAUUCCCCAGAUUAAGAUCAUCUUCGAUUCUGUGGCAUUAGGGUCUGGCGAACCAACCGAUCAUCUGUACGGUUGGUGUUAAGGUAUAAUGUUUCUGGGACCAGGUGGAUUUGCCGUCGAUGAAAUGGGUUAUGCCAUGAGUAGACUCGAGAUGGAAUCCAACCUCUGUGAUGCUGGAAAAGACUUUUAUGGGAUUGGGAUUGGGACUAGUCGCAGAUCGUCUGAUCCAUUUACAGACGUAGACCAUGAAAUCAAACAAGUCACAAAGAUGAGAUGUAGUCCUCGUGAAGGGUUUGUCAAGCGAGCCCCCGGGAAACACCAGUUACCGGUGUCCACUGUGAAAAUGUUGGCUGGCCGAGAAGGUAACUACUCCAGAAGAGGGAAGUUCUCUGCCGCAGAUUGUUGCCAUGUUCUGAGUAGAUAUUUGCCUGUAAAGGGUCCUUGGCUCGUUGAUCAGAUGACCAGCCGAGCUUAUGUUUCUCAAUUUUCAACUGAUGGUUCCCUCUUUGCUGCUGGGUUCCAGGGAAGCCACAUCCGAAUUUACAACGUAGAUAAUAAUUGGAAAGUCCAAAAGGACAUUCUGACCAAAAGCUUGCGUUGGACAGUUACUGAUACUUCUCUAUCCCCAGAUCAGCGCAAACUUGUUUACUCAAGCAUGUCACCUAUUGUCCACAUUGUUGAUGUUGGGUCUGGGACAAGCGAAUCUCAUGCAAAUGUAACGGAGAUCCAUGAUGGAUUGGACUUUUCUUCUGAUGAAGAUGGGUGGUACUCUUUUGGAAUAUUCUCUGUGAAGUUUUCUACUGAUGGACGAGAACUUGUUGCUGGAAGCAGUGACGAAUCCAUUUAUGUUUAUGAUCUUGAAGCAAAUAGGGUUUCUCUCCGGACUGUUGCUCACACGUCUGAUGUAAAUACUGUAUGCUUUGCUGACGAAAAUGGACAUCUGAUUUUCUCUGGAGGUGAUGAUAAUCUCUGUAAGGUAUGGGACAGACGUUGCUUUAUAGCGGCAGAGAAGCCAGCAGGAACUCUGGUGGGACACCUGGAAGGUAUUACGUUUAUAGACAGCCGAGGAGAUGGCCGAUAUUUGAUAUCGAAUGGCAAAGAUCAGACGAUCAAGUUGUGGGAUAUUAGAAAAAUGUCCUCGAACCCCCCUUCUAACCACACGGUGCAGAGGAACUGUGAAUGGGACUACAGAUGGAUGGACUAUCCACCCGAGGCUCAAGAUAUGAGGCACCCUUAUGAUCAGUCGGUGGCGACAUAUAAAGGUCACUCGGUCUUGCGUACUCUCAUCCGAUGCUACUUCUCACCCUCUUAUAGUACGGGUCAGAGGUACAUAUACACAGGAUCAAACGACGGGUGUGUGUACAUAUAUGACUUGAUAAGUGGAGCCCAAGUGGGAGUGUUAAGGUUCCAUAGCUCACCGGUAAGAGAUUGUAGCUGGCACCCGCAUCAGCCAAUGCUGGUAAGCUCCUCGUGGGAUGGGGACAUCGUCAAAUGGGAGUUCCCCGGCAGCGGUGAGCCGCCCUUGGUCUGCAAGAAGCGGGUCCGGAGGAGACAUUUCUACUACUGAGUGAGUUGAGUGAGUGAUGAUCUUUUCCAUUUGCCAUUAUCUUCUGAACUGUGUAAAGUCAAAUAAGAUACAUGUAUAUAUGUGUGUGUGUAUAUAUAUUACAUAUGACAUGAUACAAAUGCAAAAGGGUUAUCAUCAUAUAUGUACAUUUGGUUUGGACAUCA